UUCAUAACCUCUUGUUGUUACUUGUUAAGAAAAAAAAUCGAGAGAAAGAGAAAGAGAGAGAGAGAACGGAGAUCUCAUCAAUGGCUUCUUCGAUUACCUCCUUGAAUCGCAUCAAUGGUGGCAUGAGCUCAUGCUGCUGUUCCUCUUCUUCUUCUUCAUCAUCCCUUCCUCUCCUUCUCCUUCCACGCUACCCACCUUCCAAGCUUUCUCUCCUUACGAGCAAUAGACGUUUCCAUUCCUCUACCAUUCGUCUUGGCCGCCAUCACCUCUCACCUCCACGGGCAGCAUCGUCUUCGCCUUCCUCCUCCUCCUCCGUCAAUGGAUUUCCCUUCCAAGAUAACCUUGGGAAAAAUGGAGACUUGCGCGGGGGAAGGCUUGAGAGGGUGCAGGCUGGGAUUAAGUUGGUUCUCUCUGUGUUGCCUGGUGGGAGUUGGUGGAGGCUUGAUGAACAGGAAAAAGAGGUUGGUAUUGAUGCGCAGAAGUCAGCGUCAUCAGCAAUUUAUGUGCUUCGGCGAAUGUGGAUGAUGGUGGCGGGUGAACGAUGGAUCAUCUUUGCGGCUUCUGCUGCUCUUGUUACUGCGGCGCUCUCAGAAAUAUCAAUACCAAAUUUCUUGGCAGCAUCUAUUUUUUCUGCUCAGAGUGGAGAAAGCAUGCUAUUCUACAGAAAUGCAAAGCUUGUAAUUUUGCUGUGUAUAACUUCAGGAAUUUGCAGUGGUCUACGAGGUUGCUUUUUCAGCAUUGCAAACAUGAUUUUGGUUAAAAGAAUGAGAGAAGCUCUAUAUUCCUCUCUCCUUUUUCAGGACAUAUUCUUUUUUGAUAAAGAGGCAGUUGGUGAUUUAACUAGCAGACUUGGGGCAGAUUGUCAACAAGUAUCCCGUGUCAUCAGCGGUGAUCUAAAUAUGAUUUCUCGAAAUUUUAUUCAGGGGAUGGGCGCAUUAACAUAUCUGUUUAUCUUAUCAAGACCUCUAGCAUUGUCCACUUUGUUAAUAUGCUCUACCCUAUCAACGAUAAUGCUCUUUUAUGGCCGGUAUCAGAAAAGAGCAGCGAGGUUAACUCAGGAGUUCACUGCUUGUGCUAAUGAAGUUGCACAAGAGACGCUAUCUUUGGUGAGGACUGUUCGAGUCUAUGGAACAGAAAAACAAGAAUUUGGAAGGUAUCAGGAAUGGCUUGUGAAGUUGGCGAAUAUAGGUACCAGACAAAGUUUUGCAUAUGGUUUUUGGAGUAUGGCCUUUAAUUUUAUCUAUCAUUCCACCCAGGUGGUUGCUGUGCUGAUCGGUGGAAUCAAUAUUAUGUCUGGUCAUCUUACAGCAGAGCAACUUACGAAAUUUCUUUUAUAUUCUGAGUGGUUAAUUUACUCGACAUUCUGGGUAGGGGACAAUUGGUCAUCACUAAUGCAGUCAAUUGGAGCAAGUGAAAAAGUCUUUAAUUUGAUAGAUCUCUUGCCUAGCAACCAAUUCUCAGAGGAAGAGGACAUGAUGCUUAUCUUAUCAUGGACAAGAAAGUUCAUCGACUCCAACACACAAGGGGCAUGAACAGUUGAACUUGUUGCCUAUUUGAAAUCCAAAAGGUUAAAAGGACUAUUCUGGUGAAUGGGAAUAAGGAUCCUCCGCAACAUCACAUCACCAAUAAUAUGGGCGAGUGGAUUUAUUGGAUGUCUAACUUAACACUUAGGAGAUGAAAAAUCAUAGUCUCAGCUGGUAAAUCAUAGUCUCAGCUGAUGACAGAGAACAAGCACCUCUUGGAAUUUGUACCAACAAUUAGAGUAGAUGAUCAAUUGAAUCUAAGAAUAUAAUUGAGAUAG